AUGCGAUCAGCGACGUAUCGAACGGCGAGGAGUUCGAAGGCGACGGCGAUUCCACUGAACAACACAUCUCCGACGACAUCAAGCCCCGCUCCUGUUGUAGAUCAUGGCGAUGACAAGGCGGAGAAAGAUCCGUCCACGGACGAAGACGAUACAAGUGACGGCGACGAAGAUACCGAAGAGGAAGAGGACUCCGACGAAGAUGAAGAUGCCUCCGACGACGACGCAGCCUCCAAAGACAAGCCCGCUUCGAAGCAAUCCUCAACCACCAAGUCCACGACCACACCCAAGACCAAGCCCCCGCAAGACGACAAUGCGGCUACCCCCGAAACCACCGCGAAGCCCAACCUCAAGACCAAGACCGCUCAAGACGAGAAGGCGGCUAAGAAGGAGGCUGAUGCUGAGAAGAAGAGGACCGCGGCACCAAUCAAGGAAACAUCUAAAACCAUCGAGCAGGAUAACUCGAACCCGGCAUUCAAUUCUGAGUUGUCGGAUUUCGCAUACCGACUAAACUACCAAUUCCCAAAACUCACUGAACGACAGCUCAAGGAAGUCAUGGACCAGCUGCAGGCCCAUAACGUUGAGGACGUCGCCGCCAUACUCGUGUGGGUAGCCAAUAGCUCACAACGCGGCUCUAGUUACGACGAGAUCAUUGGAUCCAAACAGUAUCCGAUGGUGGGAGCUUGGAAAGACGCCGACUUUGAUGUAAAGCAGUACGAGAUGAGCCGCGAAGACUACGGCUGA